AUGUUAGUGCCCAGAAGCGAGUCGGCUGCCCUAGUCGGGAAAACCUGUCUUGUCACGGGAGGAGCUGGCGGGCUUGGGAAAGCAAUCGCGGCGGCGUUUCUCAUCGCCGGUGCCAACGUCGUCAUUUGCGACAUCAACGAUGAACGAAUAAAGCAGACUUCGGCCGAGAUGGCGGAAAUCGGUUCCCUGACCGCCGUGACGGCCGACAUUACAAGCCGGAGCGCCAUGAAACAUCUGUUCGAGGAGAUCGCCGGCAAAUUUGGGACGUUGGAUAUCCUGAUCAAUAAUGCCGCCGUCAUGGACCGCUUCGAGCCAGUGGGCGACCUCGAUCUCGAACUGUGGGACACGGUGAUGGGGGUAAACCUAACAGCUCCGUUCCUGCUCAGCAAAUUGGCCGUGUGCAGCAUGUUGCAGAAACCGAAUCCAGAUGGGUGCAUCAUUAACAUUGCAUCCGCAGCAGCCAAAGCCGGCUGGCUUGCAGGGGCGGCGUAUACGGCAAGCAAGCAUGGCUUAGUCGGGCUGACCAAGAGCACUGCUGCUUUCUACGGUCCCAAGGGCAUUCGCUGUCAUGCAUUGAUACUGGGCGUCAUGAUCGAGACUAACAUAAGUGAUGCUUUCCGGACUGGGUGCCACCCGGAAGGACGCCAGAAGGUAGCAGAGAUCCUCUCGUGCCUGAAGCCACAGCCUUGUGAUGCCGAGGAGGUGGCCGCAUUGUGUGUGUCCUUGUCCAACGGGCCGGGGUGGAAUGUGGUCAAUGGGGGUGUGAUCGCCGUGGAUCAUGGAUGGACAAACGUGGUGGGCUAG